AAAUCUUAGUCGUUCCGGUCGCACUCAACAGUCUACGGAGAGUGUGCUCGCGCUGUAGCGGUCACGAUUAUGCCCAACAGAUAAUACGCGUCACUGUGACAGCUGGUCUCACCUGUCUGCACCCGAUGUGUGUUUCGCUCAACCGACGGAUUACUUUAACUUGAGAGGUAACGAGGCUCCCGUGUGCGCCGCUAAACUUCAUUCGUGAGCAAAUAAACAAUCUCGGAUAUUCUCUCUGCUUCUCUCGCGACUGUCCAUCCCUCUUAAAACAGCGCUAACUUGCUGAGCACUAACUACCUCGCCAACUAACAUCCAAGCCGUUGGUUUCUCCUGAAGUGGCCGUCCGUAACUGUCAUGUCUCGUCUGCCUCCACUCAGCUCGCAGGCUUGGCUCGCAAAGGGAGACAUGUCUGAAAUAAUCGCCGUCAGCGCCGGGUCGCCCUCGCCCUCCACGGUGUUGCAGGAGGAGGACUCCGCCGCCGGCUUGUUCCAUCUGAGCAGCGAGGACUACCUAUUCGUGGAGGCCUGUCACCCCAACACGGUGCUGCAGGGCCUGAACAGCCUGCGGCUCAACAACGCCUUCUGUGACGUGACCCUGUGCUGCGGGGGGCAGGAGUUCCCCUGCCAUCGCAUCGUGCUGGCCUCCUUCAGCUCCUACUUCCAGGCCAUGUUUUCCACUAACCUGAUUGAGUCCAAGCAGGAGCGUGUUGCCAUCAAUGGAGUUGAGCCUCAGAUGUUUGGCAUGCUGGUGAGCUACGCCUACACGUCAGAGGUCUACAUUUCUAAUGCAAACGUGCAGGCGCUGCUGGCAGCGGCUAACCUGCUGGACGUGAUGGCCGUGCAGGAAGCCUGCUGUCGUUUCAUGGAGCGUCAGAUGGAUGAGAUUAACUGUGUGGGCAUCCACUGCUUCGCUGAGGCCCAUUCCUGUAAGGUUCUGGAGAAACAAAGCAUGGACUACAUUCAUGAGCACUUCAGCGCUGUUUCUCAGCAGGACGAGUUCCUGUCUCUCUGUGUGGACAAACUCGCAGAAAUCAUUGCUAGUGAUUUUCUAAAUGUGCCUCAAGAGGAGAUGGUGUUUGAGGCCGCCAUGUCGUGGUUGAAUACAUGUACCACUCGCAAACAGAGCUUUGAAAAGGUGCUCGAAUGUAUCCGGCUGCCGCUCAUCAGCCCAUACUACCUCCAUGAUGUGAUCGAGUCUCUGGAUGUGGUGAAGGAGAACCAGGCGUGCCAGAAGCUCAUCUCUGAGGCGAAGGACUACAUGCUGCUGAAGGACCGCCGUGGAGAGCUCUACUUCCCUGGAGUGAGGCUACGCAGGUCCAGAGGGAAGGCUAAAGUGAUAUUGACAGUUGACCGGGAGGAUGACAUGGUGGUGCUGCGCAGCGUCGGGAGCUUUGAUCUCGUGACUAAUCGGUGGAAUAGUCUGUCCUGCCCGCCCUUCGCUGUGAGCAGACACGGGCUCGCCGUGUCAGACUCCACCCUGUAUUUGGCGGGAGGAGAGUUUCCUGACGGCUCAGCCAGCCGCGAGGCGUGGCGCUACGACUCCUGCGUCGACUCCUGGAUGGAGAUAGCUCCCAUGAAUGUCGCUCGUUCUGAGUUGGGCCUGGUGAUGCUGGACGGCUUUGUGUAUGCAGUGGGAGGCUGGGAGGGAUGCUCUCGCCUGGACUCGGUGGAGUGCUACAACCCUCACACCGACUCCUGGCAGUUCACCAAGUCUGUCAAGAUGGCCGUCACGAGUCCCGCUGUGGUGGCCAUGGAUGGACUUCUCUAUGUCACUGGUGUUGCGGUUCUAGAGGAUGGUGACGGCACAGACUUCACCCAAGUGUACAACCCUAAAACCUCUGUAUGGACCGAGGUUGCUCCCAUGCAGAUCGCUCGCUCUGGUUCAGUUGCAUGUAUGCUCAAAGGAAAGAUUUACGCGAUAGGUGGAUGGCACGCCUCGACGGAGAACAGCGAUAAGGUGGAGUGUUACAGUCCUAAGACCGAUCAGUGGACCAUGUGCGCCCCCAUGAAGGAGCGACGCUACCGGCCUGUUGCUGACGUGGUAGAUGGAAAGAUCUACGUCCUGGGAGGAACACAAAGCUGGGACAGAUAUUUCGAGACUAACGAGAGGUACUGUGACGAGACGGACACGUGGGAGAUCAUCGGGGAGCUGCACGCCAGUCGCAGCUGGCUCAGCUGCGUGUCCCUCCAGCUGAGGAAGGACCAAUGGUGACAACUUUUUUUUUUUUUACUCCGACUGCUUGUGGAAUAACCCUCUUUUGGCACGGUGAAGAAGGAAGAAUUGUCGUCGAGCUCAAGUAACUGAUUGACAACUCUGUAAGCAGUCUGAACUCGCUCAAUGUUUUAAUGUCAGCACUUUCUCAGCCAACAAAGUUUAUUUUUGUAUUAUAUUGUGGCGUAUUUAUUUACUACCUGUGACGAAGACCUAAAAACGGUAAAUAUUUUGCGCUGUCAAAAGAUGCCAAAUUUGUCAAAGAAUCUACUUGUGAAUAUUUUCAAAGGUCAACUGUGAAAAAGUUGUUUAAACGUGACCAGUGUUUUUGUAAUUAAACUUUGUAAGAAUUAUUUUCUUGCCUCUUGUAAUUGAGUAUUUUUGUAAUGUCAUGUGCGUCAUAUAUUUUACUAACUUUAAAUGUGGACUCUAAUAAAGACUUUUAAAUUAA